AUGGAUGCUACCUGCAUUGCGAUGGGUGCUGACGGCGUGGUUGAGGUUGUGAAUGCCAGAGGCUUCCAUGGUGCCGCCUAUGGGGUGGACCAAACGGCUUAUCGCCUGCAGUCCAAGGGGGUGGAUUCCCUUUUCGGGGCGAUCAGCCACCUGGGCACAGAGCGGCAGAAGGGAACCGACCUCCAGUCCACCCUCGAGAAGCAGAUGCUGUGCAAGCAGCUGAUGCAGGUGAGGCUCGACCUGCUGCCCGAGCGAGUCACGGACCUCUUCUUCGUCCUGGCGGCCACCAACUCCCGGGAGUUGAGCAAGUUCCAGCACCUGGGCUUCCGCGUCGUGGACAGUGACAUCGGUGCCAACCUCGCCCACAAGGAGGACCACCGACUUCAGCUUACCUUCGAGGCGGUGGUCAUCAUGUGUGCGAUCUACAAGUUGGGUGACGGCUACUGGAGGAUCGGAUCCAUGGACGUGACUUGUUCCGGCUCUCCGCGGGAUCUGAAGACGGCCUUGAUGAAGCUGGAAGAGCUGGGAUUCCCUCGCAAGCACGAGCGAGCUUCACAGGAGCACAUGGUGCUCGAAGCCGUGCGGAAACACCUGGAGUUGCCCCGGCAAUGCGUGAAGCCCGCGGACGUCCACGUGGACAGUUCGAACUGCAUGCACGUCCAAUAUGCCAUUGAGGUCACAACUUCCGAGCACGAGGAGUUGAGUGAUGCCUCCGAAGCGAUGGCAAAAGGCUUUCAGCUGAAGGAUAGUUUGGAGAUGCCGAAGCUGAAGGAGGCGAUCCUCGAGGAGAUGCUCCGGUUCACCAACGAGAAGGUCAAGCCGGAGAGGCUGAGGAUCCUCCCUGUGGUUGUGAAGCCACUCGGCGAUCUCCGCGUUGAGGUCCGCUGGGAGUUUGGUGAGGUGAAGCGCACCGACAACAAGGAUCACAGCUACUUGGCCGGGGCCUGA